AUGGCUUCCUCCGCUGCUAUCGCUGCUUCUAUUGUUGCUCUAUCUACCACAUCUACUGAGAGUCUGCCUGACUCCCUGGCCACCAUUCAACAUCCUGUCGCUUCACUGGGAGGACUGAUGAUGCUGCUGCGAGGCCCCUGUAGAAAGAGCCUUUUAAGAGAGAAUUCUCAUGGAAAGGGCCCUUGUAAAACUUGUCUUUCUGAUUUUGGCCCUUGUGGCGCCGACUCUUAUGACUGCGACCCCUGUGGUUAUAGCCCCUGUAACUUUGGCCCCUUUGAUGUUGGCCCUGAUGGCUUCGCUAGCCUUUAUGGCUUCGGCCCCUCUAGUGUUGGCCCUAAUGGCUUUGGCUCUAAUGGUGCUAGCCCUUAUGGCUGUGGCUCCUGUGGUGUUGGCUCCGAUGGCUUCACUAGCCCUUGUGGCUCUGGCUCAUCUAGUGCUGGCCUUGAUGGCUACGUUGGCCCUUGUAGCUUCAGCCCCUCUAGUGUUGGCCCUGAUGGCUUUGGCCCCGAUGACUUUAGCCAUUAUGGCUCCGACCCCUUUGGUGCUGGCCCUAAUGGCUUUGGCCCCGAUGGCUCCUCUGGCCCUUGUGGCUCUGGCCCCUCUGAUACUGGCCCCAAUGGCUUUGGCCUCGAUAGUGCUGGCCCCAAUAGCUAUGGCCUUUAUGGCCAAACGGGCCUGCUAUUGAAUUAA